AGUAAGUGGAAGAGGGAAAGGCCAGAUGCCGAGAGUUAAUUGGUGGCCAGUGGAGGAUCUGUCGGACGACUCGGAGGACGUGGAGGAUGAGAGGGACACUAUGGAGGUAGGUAAAAGAGAGGCGGAAGUGCAGCUGGGAGCUCACCAAGCAGAGGAAGGUGGGACAGAAAGGAUGGUGGAGGAGGUACGAGAGAUGAUGGAGAAAUGCUUCGAUAGGAUGGUUCUGCCAGACAUGUCCCGAUUCGCCAAGGAAUAUGGGCUCAAACCGGAAACUUGCCCACACACAAUUGAGAUCAGCACUGUCCAGCAACAUGGCCCAUUCCCAGGGGGCCAGAGGACACCCAUCGCCAAUGGUGGGUUCGGACUAACGACUGCUCAUGCCAGGGGAGGCCUUCAUGCAGACACUCUUCGGCAGGGUACUGCUCCGAUCCUACACCAACAGCAACCCUCUGGAGACCACUUCGUCUUCGGUGCUCAAGGAGGGGGACAGGGAGGACCCCAAGGUGCUGCUGAAAAUAUUGCGGGGGGAUCGAGCUCCCGAGGGGUGCUGGGCAGCCCACAGGACUCUGUCAGACCCAAUCAGAGGAACCUAAAAUUCGAUAAAAAGAAAAAUACAAAAGACUUGACAGCCACGGUGACAGAGAGGGAGGGCGUUCCACGGGAACUGGGUGGGAGAGGACAGGUCACCAGCGAUGGUCACUCUAAUGUUGGCCACCUCACGACUACUCAGAUCCCUAAUUCACACCCAAUAGGAGCGGGAUUAAUGGCAGUGGAACUGGUUCUCAAUUCAGAUGCUGCAAGGUCUGGAAGGGGUGAGUCAGGAAAAGUUCCCGUAGAUGCAGGCAUAACCCAAUUAGCUGGGGCAGGGAUGGUAGGGUCUGAUGGGACAAAUUCGUUUCCCGGCACAUUUGAGGGUCAGGCAGAUGGUAAUAAUACUUCUCAUGCUGUCUACCCAGUAUCAAGUUCAGGAGUAAAAGGGGAUGCUAGGAUUCCUCCUACCGGAUCCCCCCAUGGCGGUGCAGACCUUGUUGCUGCUCAAACAGCUGCUCCAACUGCAACUGGUUUGGAUGCAGUCACAGCAGACACCUAUGGUAUUACAGUGGGGCAGCCUUCUGGAAGUGCAACAGGAGAAAAGGGCUUCACGGGAGAGAUCCCGCCUGCAGAAAGGACCGUAGACCCAUCUGCAGGAAUAAUAUCGCAACAUGCGGCGGAGGUCUCUGCGGAUAUGAAUGGGGACCAACUCAGCCUUAAGAUAGCAGUCAUUACACAAAAAAUGUGCAAAUCUGUGAAGGAUGCAAUCUUGUACCGUAGAAAGGAUAACACUGCUACGGCAACAGACGGCAGGACAGGGGAAUCAGUCGGUAAUGCUACACUGCACAGCCAGCGGGAUGAUGAAAUCCCACAGCACGUGGGGCUUAGUGCUGACAAUUCCUCAGGCCUUAGCCCCGGAAUGCAACUGGGACAGCAACAGAUUCGGGAGGAAGAAAUGGUGAAUGAGGUACAGGAAGAGGAUGAAGACGAGCCUCAGCAAUCAGAGGACUCACAGGACUCACUGGAGGAGGGGAGACCAGCAAAAGAAAAGAGAGGCAGAACCGCCUCCCCGGGGAAAGAGGAAAAAAGAAAAACUGUCAGAGCAACAAGAAGAACUGGAAACCCGGCGAGCAGGAGUACAGGAACCAAAUAUUUAGUCCCCCUAAUUUGUAGAAAGACACAAGAAGGUAUCUUCUUCCUGACCUAUAGCAUGGGGACCAACAUCAAGUUUCUGACACCAAGCACGGUGGAGGGUAACCUCUCUCAGGCAUCCAUGAUGUCCAAAGUGAAAAAUUAUCUGGGGGCCAAUGCCCCGGUGAGAGUUAUGCCCGGCAUUGGCUCCAGGAGAGUAGUAAGACCAGGAAGAAAUGGGAACAAAGUACAACUCACUAUUGAUGCUUUUGAUGUGCGCCCGAGUGAAAAAGAUUUGGAGCUGUUGGCCAACUCAAAGGGGUGCUGGUGCCCCCUGGACUGGGUGAAGGAGGACAGCCUUCUGCACGCCAAUAUGGUGUACACGGCUGAGGGGAUCUCAGGUGACGUGCUCAUUGAAUACAACCAGCAGCUGGCAACAGACUUCAAUCUCUUUUCCUCAAGUUUUACUAGGUUGCUCUCCCUCCCCUUGCAAGGCAAAGGGAGUGGGCCGGAUGAGGGUGAGGAAAGAAAAAGAAAGUCCAGCCUCACAUCUCCUCAUUUGAGGGUGGCAAUGCGAUCGGAUGCAGUGCCCGCUGCAGUGGCAGUUGCAGCGGUUUCAGUGACUACAUCUAAUGGGGAAACCAUCUCCAUGUUCCCCCCAGCGGAUAUCUCGCUGAUCCAAGACUCAGGGGCAACUGUUGUUAAUGAAUAAAAUUAGAGUGGCCUCCUAGAAUGUACGGGGCCUGGGGACUCCAAUGGAAGGGAAAAGUGGGUCAGGAUGAAAUCUCGGAUCCACCAGCAG